AUGGCGGCGCGUCGGCGAGGAGUUGGAGUUGGUGCAGUUCAGCAGAAAAAAGAUCUGCAGGCAAAAUUUCAAGCCAAAGGUACGGAAUUAGCAAGUGAACAGUUGAGUCAAUUUUCUCAAGAGCUUGCUAUUUUCCAAACAAAGUUAGAAGAUUUCGCUCACAAACAUCGUGACGAAAUCCGUCAAAAUUCACAGUUCCGGCGACACUUUCAAGAUAUGUGUGCUUCAGUUGGCGUUGAUCCACUUGCCUCUAGUAAAGGUUUCUGGGCUGAGAAACUUGGAGUUGGUGAUUUUUAUUAUGAAUUAGCAGUACAAAUUGUUGAAGUCUGCUUAUCUACAAAUCACAUAAACGGUGGUGUGAUGACUGUGGAGGAACUGAAGAAUCGUCUCAUACGUUCACGAGCACGAACACGUCGAGAUACUAUCACUACAGACGAUAUUUUGCGGGCUGUUGAGAAAUUGAAAGUACUUGGUAAUGGCUUUGAGCUAAUUGCAUUAGGAAGUGGGCGAUUUCUGGUGCAAAGUGUGCCUGGUGAACUCAGCAUGGAUGAUUCACGGGUUUUGCAGUUAGCUGAGGAUGCUGCAUAUGUAACUAAAGAACUUAUCAUGGAUCGCUUACGUUGGGAUGCAAAACGUGUGGAAAUAGUUCUCGAACAUUUGUUGAAAGAAGGUAUUGCUUGGGUAGAUGAUCAGUCAACAGAUACUGUUCAGUAUUGGAUUCCUAGUUUAUUUCUGCAACAGCGUUGCCACUCUAGCAGUUCGACUAGUGGUUCUGACAGUAUUGCAUCUGCCCUCUAUUGA